AUGGAGAUGGAGGUGGAGUACACCAAACCGCUCACCUUUGCUGACUGCAUUAGUGAUGAGUUGCCGCUAGGAUGGGAAGAGGCGUAUGACCCACAGGUUGGAGAUUACUUCAUAGACCACAACACCAAAACUACUCAGAUUGAGGAUCCUAGAGUACAAUGGCGACGAGAGCAAGAACAUAUGCUGAAGGAUUAUCUGGUGGUGGCCCAGGAGGCCUUGAGUGCACAAAAGGAGAUCUACCAAGUGAAGCAACAGCGCCUGGAGCUCGCACAGCAGGAGUAUCAGCAGCUGCAUGCCGUCUGGGAGCACAAGCUUGGCUCCCAGGUCAGCUUGGUUUCUGGUUCAUCAUCCAGCUCUAAGUAUGACCCGGAGAUCUUAAAAGCUGAAAUUGCCACUGCAAAAUCCCGGGUCAACAAACUGAAGAGAGAGAUGGUUCACCUGCAGCAUGAGCUGCAGUUCAAAGAGCGUGGCUUCCAGACCCUGAAGAAAAUCGAUAAGAAAAUGUCUGAUGCUCAGGGCAGCUACAAACUGGACGAAGCCCAAGCUGUCUUGAGAGAAACAAAAGCCAUCAAAAAGGCCAUCACUUGUGGAGAAAAGGAGAAGCAAGAUCUCAUUCAGAGCCUCGCCAUGCUGAAGGACGGCUUUCGAACCGACAGAGGGUCGCACUCAGACCUGUGGUCCAGCAGCAGCUCCCUGGAGAGUUCCGGCUUCCCACUGCCGAAACAGUACCUGGAUGUGAGCUCCCAGACAGACAUCUCAGGAGGCUUCAGCACCAGCAGCAAUAACCAGCUGGCGGAGAAGGUCAGAUUGCGCCUUCGAUAUGAAGAGGCCAAGAGAAGGAUCGCCAACCUGAAGAUCCAGCUGGCCAAACUCGACAGCGAGGCCUGGCCUGGCGUACUGGACUCAGAGAGGGACCGUCUGAUCCUCAUCAACGAGAAGGAGGAGCUGCUGAAGGAGAUGCGCUUCAUCAGCCCCCGGAAGUGGACCCAGGGGGAGGUGGAGCAGCUGGAGAUGGCCCGGAAGCGACUGGAGAAGGACCUGCAGGCAGCCCGGGACACGCAGAGCAAGGCGCUGACUGAGAGGUUAAAGUUAAACAGUAAGAGGAACCAGCUGGUGAGAGAACUGGAGGAAGCCACUCGGCAGGUAGCAACUCUGCACUCCCAGCUGAAAAGCCUCUCGAGCAGCAUGCAGUCCCUGUCCUCGGGCAGCAGCCCCGGAUCCCUUGCGUCCAGCCGGGGGUCCUUGGCCGCCUCCAGCCUGGACUCCUCCACCUCGGCCAGCUUCACUGACCUCUACUAUGACCCCUUUGAGGCGCUGGACUCGGAGCUGCAGAACAAAGUGGAGUUCCUACUCCUGGAGGGCGCCACAGGCUUCCGGCCCUCAGGCUGUAUCACCACCAUCCACGAGGACGAGGUGGCCAAGACUCAGAAGGCCGAGGGGGGCGGCCGCCUGCAGGCCCUGCGCUCCCUGUCUGGCACCCCCAAGUCCAUGACCUCCCUGUCCCCACGCUCCUCUCUGUCCUCCCCUUCCCCACCCUGCUCUCCACUUAUCGCUGACCCCCUCCUGACUGGAGAUGCUUUCCUGAACCCCCUGGAGUUUGAAGACCUGGAGCUGAAUGCCACUCUUAGCGAACUGAGCCUCAGCAGCACCCCCCGAGACAGAUUCCGGCUGGAGGAAGCAGGGACGGAGGGCAAGCAGCUGGGACAAGGUAGCGGCACCACAUCCGGAGCUGUGAAUACGGCCCGGGGGUGCGGCCUGAAAGUGGCCUGUGUCUCAGCGGCUGUGUCCGACGAGUCAGUGGCUGGGGACAGUGGUGUGUACGAGGCUUCUGUGCAAAGACCGGGGGCUUCAGAAGCAGCUGCAUUCGACAGUGACGAAUCUGAAGCCGUUGGUGCAACACGGGUUCAGAUCGCCCUGAAGUAUGAUGAGAAGAGUAAGCAGUUUGCAAUACUCAUCGCCCAGCUGAAGAACCUCUCUGCUCUGUUGCUGCAACAAGACCAGAAAGUGAACAUCCGUGUGGCCGUCCUUCCUUGUUCUGAAAGCACCACUUGCCUGUUCCGGACCCGGCCCCUGGAUGCCUCGGACAACCUGGUGUUCAACGAGGUGUUCUGGGUAUCCAUGUCCUAUCCAGCCCUUCACCAGAAGACCUUAAGAGUCGAUGUCUGUACCACCGACAGGAGCCAUCUGGAGGAGUGCCUGGGAGGCGCCCAGAUCAGCCUGGCUGAGGUCUGCCGGUCUGGAGAGAGAUCGACUCGCUGGUACAACCUCCUGAGCUACAAAUACUUGAAGAAACAGAACAGGGAGCCCCAGCUAGUGGGAGCCACAGGCCUCACCCCAGGCCCUGAAAGCACGGACGCCGUGUCCGCUCUGCUGGAACAGACUGCGGUGGAGCUGGAGAGGAGGCAGGAGGGGAGGAGCACCACAGAGACACUGGAAGACAGCUGGAGGUACCAGGAGGAGACCAGUGAGAACGAGGCCGCAGCCGAGGAGGAGGAGGAGGAGGAGGGAGAGGAUGAAGAGGCAGAGGAGGACGCCUUCACUGAGAAAGCCUCUCCCGACGUGGACGAGUUCCCAGCGUUAAAGGUGGACAAAGAGACCAACACCGAGACCCCAGCUCCAUCCCCCACAGUGGUGCGGCCCAAGGACCGGAGGGUGGGGACCCCAUCCCCAGCACCGUUUCUUCGAGGGAGCACCAUCAUCCGCUCCAAGACCUUCUCCCCUGGACCCCAAAGCCAGUAUGUGUGUCGGCUGAACCGGAGUGAUAGUGACAGCUCCACUUUGUCCAAAAAGCCACCUUUUGUUCGAAACUCGCUGGAGCGGCGCAGCGUCCGGAUGAAGCGGCCUUCCUCGGUCAAAUCCCUGCGUGCUGAACGCCUGAUCCGCACCUCGCUGGACCUCGAGCUAGACCUGCAGGCGACGAGGACCUGGCAUAGCCAGCUGACUCAAGAGAUCUCGGUGCUGAAGGAGCUCAAGGAGCAGCUGGAACAAGCCAAGAGCCACGGGGAGAAGGAGCUGCCACCAGGGUUGCGGGAGGAUGAGCGCUUCCGCCUGUUGCUGAGGAUGCUGGAGCGGCGGAUGGACCGAGCAGAGCACAAGGGCGAGCUCCGGGCAGACAAGAUGAUGCGGGCGGCUGCUAAGGAUGUGCACAGGCUCCGAGGCCAGAGCUGCAAGGAGCCCCCGGAAGUGCAGUCUUUCAGGGAGAAGAUGGCGUUUUUCACCCGGCCUCGGAUGGACAUCCCGACGCUCUCGGCAGAUGACGUCUGAGCACCAGAGAAGUAUUCCCUUCGUCUCACUGGCCACACUGUGAACACGGACUGUGGCUACAGUUAUUUAUGUGGUGUUACAUGAAGGUACCGAGUCACGUGUCCUGUAGCGCUCUUGUUGGUAUGAAGACGAACUGAUUUUUUAGUUUGGGUUUUAUUGUUAUUAUUAAAAAAGAAAAAAAAAAAACCAGCAUUAAAAUGACAAGAUUGUAUAGUUUGUAUAUUUAGGAAUGUAUUUUUGGGAAAGAAAAUUUAAAUGAACUCAAGCAGUGUUGAGUGGCUGCUCUUCUUAAAAUCGUCUAGAUUUUUGUUCUUUGUACAGCGCCAACCUUUUAGAGGUUCUAUUGCAAUAAGAGGUAAUGUUUGGGGGACGGUCAUCCAGAGAGGGCGUCCUGCAGCUAUCCACAGAGCUAACCUUUCCUAGUUAACAUAUUUUGUACAAUAUUAAAAAAAAAAAAAAAACAUGCACAGAAACCAUUGGGGGUUUGGAGGUGCGUUCCAUGAUUUGUCAUGAGCUUGAUGUGUGUUCGUGGAGUGGGCAGCACGGAGCCGGCUGAGCGGCCCAGUCCCAGCCGGCCACAGCCACGCCAGCCUCCGGCGCCUGGUGAAGCCACUGCUGUGAGUGAGGGGAGGGCUGUGGAGAACUCCAUCCAGUUUUAUCUCCAUCAAUAAAGUGGCCUUUCAAAAAGA